AUGGCUCCCCCGGGAUGGCCCCCCAGCCCUCGCUGCAGCUGCCGGUUUCUCUUACAGCUCCAGCUCCAAAAGUCCCAGUACCUGCAGCUGGGCCCAAGCCGUGGCCAGUACUAUGGCGGGUCCCUGCCCAAUGUGAACCAGAUUGGGAGCGGCACUGUGGAUUUACCGUUCCAGCCCAGCGGAUUUCUGGGGGAUGCCCUGGCAGCGGCUCCUGUCUUUCUGACACCCUUCCAGUCCUCAGGCCUGGACACCAGCCGGACUACCCGGCACCAUGGGCUGGUGGACAGAGUAUACCGGGAGCGCGGCCGGCUCGGCUCCCCACACCGCCGGCCUCUGUCAGUGGACAAACAUGGACGGCAGGCGGACAGCUGCCCCUAUGGUACUGUGUACCUCUCACCACCCUCGGAUACCAGCUGGAGAAGGACCAAUUCUGACUCUGCCCUGCACCAGAGCACAAUGACACCCACCCAGCCAGAGCCCUUUAUGGGGGGGUCCCAGGACGCACACCAGAAAAGAGUCUUACUACUAACAGUCCCAGGAAUGGAGGAGACCACCUCAGAGACGGACAAGAACCUUUCUAAGCAAGUAUGGGACACCAAGAAGACAGGGUCCAGGCCCAAGUCCUGCGAGGUCCCCGGAAUCAACAUCUUUCCAUCUGCUGACCAGGAAAACACUACAGCCCUGAUUCCUACCACCCACAACACCGGGGGUUCCCUGCCUGACCUGACCAACAUCCACUUCCCCUCCCCGCUUCCAACCCCGCUGGACCCCGAGGAGCCCACCUUCCCAGCGCUCAGCAGUUCCAGCAGCACCGGCAACCUCACUGCCAACUUAACGCAUUUGGGCAUCGGCAGCACUGGCCAGGGGAUGAACACUCCAGUCUCUUCACCGCAGCACCGUCCGGCCAAUGUCAGCCCACUAUCCCUGAGUUCGGAGACACGGCGGCAGCAGCAGGCACAGCAGGUGUCACCCACCCUCUCCCCGCUGUCACCCAUCACUCAGGCUGUGGCCAUGGAUGCCCUAUCUCUGGAGCAACAGCUGCCCUACGCCUUCUUCACCCAGGCAGGCUCCCAGCAAUCAACUCCACCGCAGCCCCAGCCCCCGCCACCCCCGCCACCAGUAUCCCAGCAGCAACCAUCCCCACCGCCUCCGCAGGUGCCCAUCAACCUCCCCCCAGGCAGCCCCCUGAUGCCGAGCACCAGCCUGACGCAGGGACCCCAGCUGCCCCCGCUCCUGGUCACAGUACCGUCCUCUCUCUCCCAGUCCCCCCCAGACAACCCAGGCCAGCCACCGAUGGGAAUCGAUAUCGCCUCGGCCCCGGCUCUGCAGCAGUACCGCACUAGUGCCGGCUCCCCAGCCAACCAGUCUCCCACCUCACCCGUCUCCAAUCAAGGCUUCUCCCCUGGGAGCUCCCCACAACACUCUUCCACCCUGGGCAGCGUGUUUGGGGACUCGUACUAUGAGCAGCAGAUGGCGGCCAGGCAGGCCAAUGCUCUGUCCCACCAGCUGGAGCAGUUCAACAUGUUGGAGACCGCCAUCAGCUCCAGCAGUCUGUACAGCCCGGGUUCUACACUCAACUACUCGCAGGCGGCCAUGAUGGGCCUGACGGGCAGCCAUGGGAACCUGCAAGACACACAGCAGCUUGGUUAUCCCAGCCACAGCAGUAUCCCCAACAUCAUUCUCACAGUGACAGGAGAGUCCCCUCCCAGCCUCUCUAAAGAACUGACCAGCACGCUGGUUGGGGUUGGCGAUGUCAGCUUCGACUCUGACAGCCAGUUCCCUCUGGAUGAACUCAAGAUUGACCCCCUGACCCUGGAUGGACUGCACAUGCUCAAUGACCCUGACAUGGUCCUGGCCGACCCGGCCACCGAGGACACCUUCCGGAUGGACCGUCUGUGAGUGCACACCCAGCACUCUGCUGCCCAGCCCCGGCUCCGUCACCCCGCCGGUCAGUGGUCCCAACGGAGUCUCCCUGAGCCCAGGGACUGCACACUCUGUCCCUGCAAACGGCCGAGCUUGUGAUUCUGAGCUUGCAAUACCGCCAAGCACUCCCGCCCCCGCCCUCCCUCGGCUGUUCACCUCCCUUGGGAGGCUGUGAGUUGCCCUCUAGGACUCCGCCCUGUGCACACACUUUCAGCUCCCACCCCAGGCCAUGAGCCAUCAGUCCCUGUAAGAUGCAGAAAGCAUGUUGGGCGGGGCCACAGGCCUGGGCGGCACCGGGGUCUGCUCCUCACUGUGGUGGGCAAUGUGCAUUUCCGACUGUUGUCCAGCUCUCACUGCCUUCCUUCAUCCCUGGUUCCUACCCUCCACCCCGCACCUGCCACCCCCAGGUUGUGGUUAGGUAGAGAGCCAUCCCCACCCGACAAAAGGGAGAGAACGCCAGAGAGUGGGACAGACCCAGUGCAAAAUAAACACUAUUUUGAUUGCUGUCUUUUAUAUUCCUGAGCAAACAGAAUGCUAGAACCCUUCCCAUGGGGGUGGAUACAAAGAUGUAAACAGAGCAGCUAGAUCUUCCCAGCCUCCUCCUGCCUCACCUACCCCUGCACCAGGUCCCUCUGGGGCUGCCUCUGUCAGGAAGCCGCCGGCCAGGAUGACAGGACCUGCUAGAGAACGAAUGUGGAGUCGGGUUAUUUCUAGGGGUGGGUUUAGAACUUGUUUUCAUCUUUCCUGCUCUGUUCUGUGGUCACUGUUACUGUUAUUUACAGACGUGUGGGAAGGGGGUGGCCAGGGCAUUUUUGUUGUAUUUUUUUGUUGUUUCUUUUGGUCUGUAUUUCCAUUUUGGCUGUAGAUAAGUAGCUGACUCCUUCAAGCCAAUACUUGCCUGAGAGCAUCUUUUUAUUCCUGAAAUACUCCAUUACACAUGUUUUAAAGCUAACUGGAAGCAGCCUGCCAUCUGAGCUGUGACCCUAGCCUCAUUAGUUUCACCUCAAGUUAUCUCAAAACAGAAGGGUUGAGUGGCUGCCCAGCCCAGUGAGGGCAGGUUGUGCCAGGCGAGGACUCUGACAGAAGCUUGGGUGACUGGAGGCGCCUUUUCUCUGGCUACGUAACAGACUUCGGAGAAGGAACCCCUGCUUUUAUUAAGGGUCUGGAGAAGGCCUGGCUCUGCCUAGCCCUAACGGUGCCCGCCAGUCCUCAGGGCUGGUGUGUCCCAGACCCUGAGGCUGGCAGCAGCUGUGGCCACUCUGUUCCUAGACACCCCAGAUGAAGUUGUCUCUCCCCAUCCUGAGAACCAGCUGACAUCCCGCUGGCCACUUCUGUUGUUGCUCCUCCUGGUAGGACUGGGUUUGGAGGCAAAGAGCAGCGAGUUUUUAGUGGUGGAUUUCUAGGUGCUUGCUUCUCAAAGUGCCUUGAUAGGCAGAGGUGACCAUCCCUCUGCCCUCCAGGCCCUUCGAGGGGGUGGCAGGCUGGCUCUGUUUUCUGUUGGCAGCUUUACUAGGAAUCUCUGUUUCAGUCCCCAAGUUGCAUCUCAACUUGCUCCUCCACAUGCUGUUGAGCUGACACUUCUGCCCGGCGUUAUUUCUUUGUGGUGGUAGUGGCCACCCUUCUGCCUAGGCUGUGGGAGCCCUUUCAGUGGGAGCUGGAUUUGAUCCCAGCAAUCGUCCUUCCUUUUUGCUUCUUGGCCAGGCUGUUAGCACGUAUCCAAGCAGCCGGGCAGCCACACUUGUGAGAAGGUCUCCCUCAGUCACUUGGCCCCGCCACCAUUGUCUGGGCUGGAGGAGCACAGUGUCAGUCUGUCCAGGUCCAGGGCCUAUCCUUUUACUGUGGCAGGGACUGGGGACAGAGAUGGGGACUUUUUUUUAAAAAAAAAAAAAGAACAUCUACAUGUACAUAGAAGAGUUUGGUUACCAUUAGACUUGUAUGUAGAACUUUUUAAAAAAUGGCCUUAAUAUAAUUACAAGCAACCUUCCUGGAUGCAAUUUUCAAACAAGGCUUUGGGAUCCAGUGAGGGAGCCUUGUCAGCCCACGCUUCCCAUCUGUCCAGCACCAGUUCUAGGUGCAGACAGGAGAGGCCCAUGGCCUGGAGCACAGGUAACAUUGUAUUAACAUGCAUCCUCUGCCUAUGAGAGGUGUAGGUGCAGAGCUAUCCUCGGAGGGGGCCCCACCAGGAGCCAGUGGUCAGGCAUCUCCACGUCUUCCUGGGCCUUGGGAGGCCUCCUGGGGUCUGCAACAGGGAAUUUUUUUUUUCUUAAAUAUCACUUCUCUACUAAAUAUUCUUGAGUUGCCAAGACUUUCUGAGGCAAGACAGCCUAAGGGAAUCAGUCUUUUGACUUGUGAUGUGAAAAUACUGUGAUUUUAGGUAAGCUGCACCAGGAAGGGCGGGCCUGUGCCUAUAUUCUGUAUGUAGACCUACCGCCCAUGUCCUACUCACAAGCUCGGGGCAAGACUGGACUUCAAGCCUGGACACUGAGCCCACAGGGGCUCAAAGGCCAUCCAGGUCCCCCGGCUGCCCUCUUCCUAGUGCUCCUGGCUUUAGCUGAGCCCCCUCAGCUGUGCAAACCUUUCCUCUGGGAGCUCAAACUGCCUGGCCUAUCCGCAUCUGCCUCAGUUUACCCUCUUCCCUCCAAGUCCCCAGGGCAAUGAGUUUGUUCCUCUAGGUAGCUCAUGGGCUGAGAUGGAUCCUGGAGUUAGCGACUCUCUAUAUUCUCCAGAGAAGAGGGUUGUACCCAGGACUGACUGGAGGAGAAGACAGGGUCUCGGGAUCACAUCCCCCAUCACAGGUGCCCAUGCUGACCUCCCCGCUCCAUGCCCUUACAGGGGGAAGACAGGUAGCACUGUUUGGAGUGUCCUGCAGCCCCCUCCCCUUGACACUUCUGGGCAGGAAGGGUGAGUGCCAGUCUCUUGGGGCAGAGGUGCUUGAGACCCUCAGUGGAAAGCUCAGGGGGGCAGGUCAACCCCUCAGCAAAAUUUGGGGACUCACAGCCAAUGGUAUUCAAAAGUUGGCCAGGCUCCCCAGUGGGGACAAGCCACAGUAGAAGGGGCCCUAAUUAAGGUGGGUCCAGCACCCCACAGGGGUCCCUGGGACCAGCUAUCGAGGGCAGGGCUGUGUGCUUCUUGACCUUUCCCCAGGGAUGCCUCCCCACCCCCUUGCGUGGGCUGGCCUUUUGGGCCCUCUGUGCUGUUAUCUGCUCAUGGGUUUUCAGGGUAAAGGAGGGUUCUGAGUGGUUAGUGUGUUUGACCUGAUUUUCAUUGGCCGAACUCCUGGAAGGACAUCCAGUGGGGUGGUCUGUUGUGAGGCCCAUGUGUCACAGUGGAGUGGGUGAGGUCAGCUCUGUCAGAUGAGGCGCUGUGUGGAGGGAGGGCAAGGGGCCCCAUAUCCAUUCAUGCAUUCUGCUGGGGCCAGAUGUUCAGUAUGGGGGACCUUGUCUGUCAGGUUCCUGGGCCUGAUGAGUGACUUUCCCUAAGGAGCCAUGGGGCCCCUAAGCUGGUUCAUAACCAAACAUCCCUCCAAUGCCCCCUCCACUGGACUCAACUUUCUGCUUUUCCACAGGAGGCACCCCCAACCCCAUAUGAGGUUCUAGAAGCUUUAGGGGAUUGACAAAGCAGCCCCUGGGUUCUGAUGAAGCUGUGGUCAAAGCUUGGGUUUGGGGUCCUCAAGGUCAAUGGUACUGGGCACCCUGGUCCUGGCCCAUCACUCCUGCAGGCGGCAUUCCAGGUGAGGGGUCUGUGGCUACCUGAGCCCGCCUCAUGUGGCCUGCAGAGCUGGGGGAGGACUGAGUGCCUCACCCACUCUGGGAGGCUUACCUGGAGUAAGUGUGCAGCUGGGUCUGUUUCUGUCCCCAUUCCUUUUGGUCCCUGGGCUCCCACCUCCUGGGGGUCUCACAGUAUGUAUGACCCCCAUAUGUAGUCAGGGGCCCCUGUGACAUUCCUUCAGGGGUGCUGGCUGAGUGGGGCUCAGGCCUUUCAUUACCCUCGUGCCACAGGCAACUGGGCACUCCCCAGGAGAGGGAGGUAGGGUUACCUGCACCCCCAGGGCUGGGUGCUGGGGUACUCCUGAGGGCAUGGAGAGCAGAUGCAAGGCCCUUGUGAACUGGGCCUAAGACUCCCUCCUGUUACUGGCUCAGACCUAUGGGUCUCAGGGCCCCUCCCAAUCGGGGUGAAGGGCAAGGGUUGUGUGUCAGGGUAAUGCUGGCUGCAGAUGGCUCCCUCUGCCUCCCAUCCUCCUGGCCAGUUCCCAACACCUCAUCCCAAGGAGCCAGGUUCUGGAAUUUGGGGGCAAUUGAUGCCCAGUCUGUCACUUCCGACCUCUUGCCCACUCGGACAAGGGGACACUGCCAUGGCCUUCCCCACCGGGCCCUGGGAGGGAGGCCUUUGGCAGCCAAGGUCCAUUGCCCCCUAAUGUGUCCCCCCAGGAAAUUGCCCCCAAGGGGGCUGGGUGGCACUUCUAAUAUAUGCAAACUCAUCGGUCUGAGCCCUGCCCCACCUGUGUCCCUCUGUCCCCAGGCUGGCUCUGCCCCCCACCCCCACCCCAGCAUGUACACUCUGCUGUGGAUGUCCCAUGGGCCGUGCGUGUGGGUGCCCGUGGCGGGCUGGGGCGGGCGGCUCAGGGCGCACUCGGCCAGCCCCUGCCUGUCCUCUGGCGUGGACGCUUUUGUCUUUGUACCUUUGCAUCCUUUGUAAUGAAACCUAAUAAAAACCCAAUGUUUUCGUCUC